CAAGUUUCACGUUUCCCGAUAUUUUGACAUUAAAAUAAUUAUCGCUUCAGUAUACCACUGAGUGUGUGUUUGUGGAUAUUUUGGAUAUUGAAAUUGUGUACUACAGAGCGUGUAUUUAUGGAUAACGAGAUCGAUUGAUAUACCUAUCAAAAGGUGAAAUUUCAAAAUGCGUGUAACAGUACAUGGACUAUGCCCUGCUGAACUUUUUCAAGAAUAACGACUGCACAGCAAGCAAGUUGCACAUUUUGCGAUGUCGGACAUGUUUACUUUUAGCGAUGCCGACCGUUACAACAAUAUAUUACAAAUGCUGAUACGAUGUUGUGUUAAGGUCACGAAACGGCUUCUGCCAAUGUUUGUGUCGUCGCUUGGCUACACAUGUGUGGAUCAAUUCCUUUCGAAAGAAAAAGCUCAUAUAUUAAAGAUGCCAUCUGCUUCUGAGAAAAAAAAUAGAGACAUAUUAUAUCCGCCAUUUCGGACACAAACACAAAUCGAGGAAUGGGACAUGUCCUUACUUAGUUGUGUUUUUACUCAAGUUCAAAGAAAGCUCUUAUGCUAUGAAAUCGCAGAUCCAAUUGACCCAGUUCUUAUGCACUACAAACUCAAAGUGCUUGCAUCAACAGUUGGUCAACAAUACGAAGACAAACUUUACCCUAGGUCCGGAAAGUCAACAGAGGUGAACACGUGGAAUAUGUCCUUAUGCUCUUGUCUUUUCUCGGUGUUGUGUCCAAAACCACACACAUUACAUGUUAGAUUGGCAGAGUCCUUGAAUGUUUUGAGAGAGAUGAGGAACACUCUUUGUCAUUCAAAAAGGCUAGAGAUGGAACAUGUAGUUUACGAAGAACACAUAUCUGUUUUAAAAGAAUUCAUUUCCUCUGGGCUGACAUAUAUUGGAGAUGUUGCUUUUGAAACUGAAAUAAAGGAAGGUAUGGAUGACAUUGAACAUGGAAAAAUGAGAAGUUAUGUUGCGAUUGAUCAUAAGCAUCUUCAAGAGUCUUAUGAAAGUGACAGAGAAAUAAGCCAUAGGUUGGACGGCUUAGAAAAAGCUAUGCAACAACUCACGUUACAGCUACAGAACGAUCAAGGCGAGAUGACGCUUUCGUUGUAUUUAGAAAAACUGAAAGAUGACCCAAAAAACUUCCUCUAUUCAUCUUUUGUGGACGUGUUUACGCAGCUUGUAGAAAAAAAAGCACCUGAAAUUGUUGGAGAAAUACAUCCGGACAUGAAAGAUUUUAUUAUCCAUGUCAUUUUUGAGACUUGGAAGAUUUUUGACAAUCCUUGUGAGGGAAGGCAUAUUACAGGAGCCAAACGAGAGUGCCUGAAGAUACAGCUCAACUUUGACAAUGCCGUUUGGAUGUGGAAGUUCAUCAAGUUCUACAUAUCAGGGACUAUUGACUCUUUAUUGGAACCAAUUCAAACACUUUUAAGGACCAAAAAAGAAUUUGAAAAGUUGGAAAUGACAGUCGUCCUACCGGAUGUGUUUGCUGUUUUAAAUCAAUCAGGUAAACCUAAAGAGAUUGACUCUAGCAUUACGAUGUGCGUAUUGGAAUUGUUGAACCAAAAGUUGAUUCCAUCAGAAGACAAAGAACAGGACGAUAGUGUUCGCAAGAGUCUUCCAUUGAAGUUGACAAAUAUUCAGCAUGAUGUAGAAAAUCAAUUGAAAAGUGUAGUUCAACACGUGGUUAAAUGCAAAGACUGCGAUGAGAUGCUUUGCUCUGAUUGUGCCCGAGUUCAUAGAAAUUUGAAGAUGUCUAGAGAUCCCAUUAUGAUAGAUAUGAUCCUGCUGCGUGGAGACAGGCUGAUACUGGCUGAUCAAUGCAUUGAAAAUGUGAAAAUAGUUGACCUGGGGACAAACAACCUGAUGUCUAAGAUCAAUGUGCCAGGUCGCCUAACGGGUAUUUGUCUCCUCCCCGGGGACAGGGUGGCUGUAUGUUCAGAAAAUCGAGGUAUUCAUUUCCUGAAGGCUCGGGGACAACUGUCCCUUGAAGAAAGCAUAAAGGUGGGCUAUGGAUGUCAAUCUGUUUGUUACCAUAAUGAAAGGUUAAUAGUAGCUUUCGAUAGUGGAAAAGUGGUUAUAAUGGACAUGACUGGAAAAGUGACGAAAGACAGUAAUGACAGUGGGAAGCCGAUCUUUUCCACUUAUUUAUCUCUGGCAGUGGUCAGUGAAGGCCAGGAAGCAGUGAUAUUUGUGUCCGAAUAUCAGAAGGACACCAUCAUCAAGCUGGACAUGGAUCUAAACAUCCUGCAGACAUUCCAGGAUCCUGCACUGAUAGGUCCAAGAGGCAUGACUGUAGUGGGAAGCCAGCUGCUUAUCUGUGGUUAUGAUAGUAACAACAUCAUGUGCCUACACCUGCCGAAUAGCCAGAUGAUCCAGCUGCUUGGGGAGAAUGAUGAUAUACAGUACCCAUUGCAUGUCUGCUUCAGUCAGCAGCAAAACAUGCUAUAUGUCGCAAGUGAUGAUAAAAGUGUACGUGAGUAUAGACCAUGCGCAUUACUUAAUCAUCACGUGCAAAAGGGUGAAAUACAAACAAAAUUUACUUCGAGCUGGCUUAUAGAAGCCUUACGUCUCUUAUGUUAAGUGUUUGUUUUGUUAUGUGUUUUUUUCAACAAUUCAAUAUAUAUAUAUUCUGAAACAGAUAAUAUACUUUUUUCACGUGUCCAGCACUGAGUCUUAUUUUCUGAGAUGGCAACGGAGUGCUUGUUAAUUUAGGUGAUUGACUGUAAAAUACUUUUUCUUGCAAAUUUUGAGCUACGAAGUGAUUUUUUUCUCGACAUGAAUAGCCCCGCCUCCUUUUUCCCUUUAAAGACACCCAUCUGAAAAUUUAUAAACACAAUCGUUAGAUUUUUGCCUUAUAAUACCUGGAAAUACAGAAUUAGAAUUACGACGAUCAUUUGCAAUCAAGUAUUAAUUUAUUAGACACCAAAUGAACAUUAAAGUUUGCGAAGCAGUGUGGUAGUUCGUCAUAAUUUAAAAAGAUCGAAAAUGAUAUUAAUUCAGUUAAUUGUUAAUUUUCAUGUUAUGAAUUUGCUACAGUUUUUUUCACAAUUUGUUUCCAACUAAAUUACAAUUCAUGAGCACUACAACCUAUUCAUUUGCACCACAACGUUCAGAAAAUCGAGCAUAGUGCAGCAAGUAUAACAAAUAAAGUUCGUAAAUUUGUAACGAGGCAACCUUUUGUCAAUAAAAAAGCCACACACAUGUAAAGAAAUUGCUUAAACCUAGGUAAGAUUACAAUGCUCACGAAAAUCCAGAUUUUUACGUUGUCAACACUAACGUCUAGCAAGUUAUGCAAGUUCUAGAUGAUCAGAUUUGAACUUUUAUUCAGAACGUUUACAUUUAGAACAACUCAUAGCCAUUCCUAUGUGGAACUACAUUCUCCAAUUUAUUUAAUUUACUCCUAUAAACCUCUAAAAAUGAAAAAUAAGAAACCAUACUCUCUGUUUACAUCCAUAUUCCAAUCAUUGGCACUAUAACGGAAGACGCGUUGGAGCAUUUUCAACACAUCACAAAAUUUUAUGGCUCCAAUGAUUGCCUGACGUGAUACAUAUAGGACUGUUUUAGUAUUUCAACAAUUGUAACGACAAACGCUUCUUCACGUUAAUUCUCGUCGAUGGUAAUUUAGUAUGAUGUCAAUGAGUGUCAAAUAGUAAUCAUUAUUGAAUAGACGAAAUAAUUAUUUUUGGUAAAGAUCUCACCAUAAAAAAUAUCGUGAUUUCGAAUUACUUUAUACUCUCUUUCAAGUGAUGGUAUUACUGUAAAUACAUGUAUGUUGAAGUGAGUGGGUAUAAGCAUACGUCUAGUACGAGGAUUCUUUAUUUGCGGUUUAAAACGAUGAUUUCACUUAUAUGUCCAGUAUUUAUUUUAUAACAAGUAUAUAUUUUUGGACAAAUUGAUAUAUCAAAAUAGUCCUUUAUAAUCAAAAUUACUAAAACUCAAUUUGAAAUGAUCUUCUCCAAAAUAUAACCUUAGUUCAAACCCAUAAUCUUCAGCGUCUCCUGCAUUAAAUGAAAUUUUAAAUAUGCCAAUCUGCAUUCCAAAAGCUAAUACAUUUGAACAUUAAGAUGUUUACUUUUGAAGAUACAGAUCGAGUAAUGAUCAUGUAAAAAGAUAUUGACACAAAGGGAAAUCUUUGUGUGUUUUAGUAUAAAUAUGUGUAUAUUGAUUGUUUUAUUCGUUUUACAGCUUGGUGAUGGUAAAGUCUUAUUUUGUGUGAUUAAGAUUACAGCUUGGUAUUUUCAACAUAAAAAUAUUAAAAAAUCGCCAAGAAUGAACAUUUAUUGAAGUGUCAAAGGCGCUUACAAUGUUACUACUGUUUUUUUUUAUAUCGUGAGAUGUAAUUUGAUAUAUUUAUAUUUAUGAGAAAUCCGUGUCUGACUAUGACUAUUUUUAUAUGUUUUGAGGUAUUAAGUAACAAAUGAUCAAACGACUUUAUUUGUAAGAAUAUAUAGAAAUUAGUUUUUAAGCAGUUUGGUCACUUUAAAGUUUAGUAAAAUACGUUUCUGGUUGAUUUAGUCGGAAAUGAUAUUAACUACAUGUAACUUCAUCUCUAAUUCUGGUUAGUUUAUUAGAUUGAUUUAACCCCUAGUGACAAACAGUUUUUUUUUCCCAAUUUUCCUCAAAUAGCAGUGCACACCAAUAACUGGCGUUGCAUUUGAUUAACUAGUUCAACCACUGAUCAUAUUAAUAUUAGUUCUCAAAUAACAGUAGCUUAUCAUGUAUAUGUUAUAUAAAGUUUGAAUGAUUUGGUUUCUAAUAAUUUCUUUGUUGUUUAGUAAGAAUGUUUUGGUCACUAAUGUUUACUAUGUAAUAUAAUGUUUGAAUGAUUUGGUCAGUAAUAUUUGUUUGUUGAAUAUUAAGAAUGGUUUGGUCACUUAUAGUUGCUAUGUUAUAUAAAGUAAGAAUGGUUCGGUCACUAAUAAUUUCUUUGUUGUUUAGUAAGAAUGUUUUGGUCACUAAUGUUUACUAUGUAAUAUAAUGUUUGAAUGAUUUGGUCAGUAAUAUUUGUUUGUUGAAUAUUAAGAAUGGUUUGGUCACUUAUAGUUGCUAUGUUAUAUAAAGUAAGAAUGGUUCGGUCACUAAUAAUUUCUUUGUUGUAUAGUAAGAAUGUUUUGGUCACUAAUAUUUACUAUGUAAUAUAAUGUUUGAAUGAUUUGGUCAGUAAUAUUUUAGUUGCAUAUUAAAAAUGGUUUGGUCACGUAUAUUUGCUAUGUUAUAUAGAGUUUGAAUGGUUUUGUCACUACUAAUGUUUAUGUUGUAUGGUAAAAAUAUUUUGGUCAAUAUUUUGGUCAAUUAUAUUUGCUAUGCUAUAUAGAGUUGGAAUGAUAUGGUCACUACUAAUUUCUUUGCUGUAUGGUAAGAAUGUAUGCGUCAUUAACAUUUGCUAUGCUAUAUAACGUUUUAAUGAUUUUGUCAACACUAUUAUCAUAGUUAUAUGAAGUUUAAAUGAUUGAAGUGUCAACGAUCCUAACAAUAUUUCUACUGUCUUUCUUCGUAUAAUGCUAGUUUGAUAGAUUUAUUUUUAUGAGAUAUCCGAGUCUGACUAUGACUAUUUUUUAUAUGGUUUGUGGUAUUUUAAGUACGAAAUAAUCAAAUGCCUAUAUUUGUAGAAAAAAAAUAAGAAAUGAUUUUCAAGCAGUUUGUUAAUUUUAAAGUUUAGUAAAAUACGUUUCUUCUAGUGAAACAUGUCACUGCGUGUGUUGUAUUCUUUGAAUGAUUUAGUCGGAAAUGAUAUUAAUUAAAUGUACCUUCAUCUCUUACUAUGCUUAGGUUAAUACAUUGCUUUAACCCCUAGUGACAAACUAUUUUUUUUUAAUUUUCCAUUCAUCAUCAGCUGAUAUAAGUGAACACCAAUACGUGGGUUGUAUUUGAUUAAAUAGUUCAACCACUUAUCAUUUUAUUAUUAUUAUUUCUCAAGUAACAGUAGCUUAUUAUGUAUAUGUUAAAUAAAGUUUGAAUGAUUUAGUCACUACUAAAUUCUUUGUGGUAUAGUAAGAAUAUUUAGGUCACUUACAUUUGCUAUGUUUAAUAGAGUUUGAAAGAUUUAGUCUCUAAUAUUUGUUAUGGUAUAUUAAUUUUGAAAGAUUUGUUCAUUUUUACUUUCUGUGUUGUAUUUAGUUUGAAUGAUAAGGUCAAUAGUAUUUGCUAUGAUAUAUUGAUUUUGAAAUAAAAAAAAAUCACUUAUACUUUCUGUGUUGUAUUUAGUUUGAAUUAUUUGGUUAUAAGUAUUUGCUAUGAGAUUUUCAAUUUCAAUGAUUUUGUCACUUGUGUUUUGAACAAUAUAUGCAGUUUUAAUGAUUUAGGUUUCUUAUAUUUUCUAUGUUAUAUAAAGUUUGAAUGAUUUGUCAACCAAUACACGCAAUGUUAUAAUUAUGGAGUUUGAAUGAUUUAGUCAAUGCUAUUUGCUAUGUUAUAUAAAGAUUGAAUGAUUUGGUCACUUAUAUUUUUAAUGUUAUAUGGAGUUUGAAUGAUAUAUAUUAUUUAGUUUGAAUAAUUUAGUCAAAUAAAUGAUAUUUGCUAUAUUAUUUUAGCUUGAACGAUUUGAUCGCACACAUUUACUAUAUUAAAUGUAUCCUGAAUGAGUUGGUCAUGUUCAAUGUUAUAUCAACUUUGAAUCAUUUGGCUCUUUUAUAUUUUAUAUGGUAUAUUAAGUUUGAUUUGGUUACCGGGUUGAUUAAUCUGUAUACCUCUUUUCAAAUCAUCUUUACUUGGAAAUUACUUAAGUAAACAUAUGAAAGGAUUUACAACAAUCUUUUCUACAUAGUCUAAUCCCUCAAUUUGUGCCCGUUUAGCCGAGGUUCCCAGCGAAGUAUUAUUAUGAACUAUGUGUGUGUCUUUAAAGUGGCACUCUUACUCAAAAUCAAUACAUACACAUGUAAAACAAACAUAAUUUUUGAGUGAUACACCCUCAACUUCUUAGUAAAUAAUGCAUUUCUGCAAAUUAUUAAUUACUAUUAACAAUAUUAAAACUCUGUAUUUAAUAGCUGAAAGCGCAAAGAUAUUAAAUGAUUGGUGAAUGCUAAAAGAUUUACUGCGAUUUACUAUGGUCUCCUAAGGUAGAAAUACCGUGUUUUCUACGCAUUUCUUUUUAAACUAAACUCGGUAUCCUUCAAAAGAACCAUUUUUUUUUUCGACAUUUGUUCAUCCUUUUUGGUAUAUUAGAACAAUUGUAUUAAAUGUGUUAAAUCUAUGUUGGGAGUAAUAGUGCAUCUUUAUUAAAGCUGCACUCUCACAGAUUGAACGUUUUGGCAACUAAGCCAUAAAACAUUAAUUUUUAAAAGGAAACAUGCAAAUCUGCGCGCUCUGAUCUUUUGUCAGUUAUCAUUUAUCAUUAGUUUGCAGAUAUUCACGCAAAAAUUUCCUCUUUCAAUGACAAAAAAUAAGAAAGUUGUAAAACGGUAAAUCAGUGAGAGUGCAUCUUUAAAGAUUGAAACUAUAUAUACAUGUCUAUGACUACAGUUUAUUUUGCUAACAUAAUGUACAUAUUAGCCUAUGUAUUAAUACAAACUGUUUUCAACUGUGAGAAUUUUGUCUUUUUGAAUAUUUCGAUAGCGAUAAAAUGGUCACAAUCGGGAACAUUCAUUGCUGUGUAUAAACCAGGCUGUAUUUAGUUCUGUGCUAUAAGAUCAAAUACUACAGAUAAUUUGUGUCAUUUUUGUUGUUUUCAUAAGCAGUUUUGAAUAUUUCAUGAGUAAAUACUUGAAGAAAAACAGUAGUUUUAAAACUAAUAGUAAACCUGAUUCUUAUUCACAUUUGCAAGCUUUGGUUGAAAUAUGAUGCAUGUUGAAUAAAAUGUCUAUACAAUGUU